AUAUGUACGGCCUGGCCGCCUACACGGCGCCGCUCAGCAGCUGCCUGCCACAGCAGAAGCGCUACGCGGCGCCCGAGUUCGAGCCCCACCCCAUGGCGAGCAACGGCGGCGGCUUCGCCAGCGCCAACCUGCAGGGCAGCCCGGUGUACGUGGGCGGCAACUUCGUGGAGUCCAUGGCGCCCGCGUCCGGGCCUGUCUUCAACCUGGGCCACCUCUCGCACCCGUCGUCGGCCAGCGUGGACUACAGUUGCGCCGCGCAGAUUCCCGGCAACCACCAUCACGGACCGUGCGACCCUCAUCCCACCUACACAGAUCUGUCGGCCCACCACUCGUCUCAGGGACGCCUGCCCGAGGCCCCCAAACUGACGCAUCUGUAG